GGCGUCGCGACUACUGGAUGAUUUCAUAUGUAAGCCGCGGCGGUGAAUUAAUUUUACGGCAGCAGUUUUGGCGGCAAAACCCUCUAAUGCCUGUGUGUGUAGCGUUGUUUGUCAGUUGUUUAACCCUUGCUGAGUAGCUAUUUCUGAGACCCGUCAAUCCUUGCGUGGGCAGCCGUCGCAUUCUGCAUCUGGUCGAUGCAUCCAUGAAAGGAGGAGUUGAAGAAUCCCCAGCAAUUAGGCCGAUAAAUAAAGCUGUAGUCCACCAAAUAUGCGCUGGACAAGUGAUCCUGGACCUUUCAUCCGCUGUGAAAGAGCUCGUGGAGAAUAGCCUCGACGCUGGUGCUACCAGCGUCGAGAUAGCGUUGAAGGACUACGGGAUGGAAUCAUUUCAAGUUAUCGACAACGGUUUCGGCAUUUCCCCGCAGAAUUACAAUGUGUUGGCAUUGAAGCACCAUACAUCCAAGCUCUUGGAUUUUCCAGACCUUCAGUCACUGGCGACGUUUGGGUUCCGAGGGGAGGCACUUAGUUCAUUGUGUGCAUUGGGUAAUUUGACUGUCGAGACACGGACAAUCAAUGAAGCAGUUGCAACGCACCUCACAUAUGAUAGUACAGGUCUUCUGACAGCUGAGAGGAAGACUGCGCGCCAAGUCGGUACAACCGUUACUGUCAAGAAGUUGUUUUCUAACUUGCCUGUGAGGAGCAAGGAAUUUCACCGGAACAUUCGCAAAGAAUAUGGCAAGCUAAUCAACUUGUUAAAUGCCUAUGCUCUCAUUGCCAAAGAUGUUAGAAUAGUCUGCACCAAUACAACUGGGAAAAAUAUAAGGUCUGUGGUGAUAAAGACGCAGGGUAACGGAUCCCUCAAAGAGAAUAUCAUCACGGUGUUUGGUACGAGUACUUUUUCCUGCUUAGAGCCGGUUAAACUUAACCUAUCUGAUGGCUAUACAGUUGAAGGAUUUGUUUCCAAAUCUGGAUAUGGGAGUGGACGCAAUAUGGGGGAUCGUCAAUUCUUCUUUGUGAAUGGUCGUCCAGUUGAUAUGCCCAAAGUUGGUAAGCUGGUGAAUGAGCUAUAUAGAAGUGCAAAUUCCAGACAGUAUCCUAUUGCUAUUUUGAACUUUAUUGUGCCAACUAAGGCAUAUGAUGUGAAUGUCACUCCUGAUAAAAGGAAAGUAUUCUUUUCUGAUGAAAGUUCUAUCUUGCGUUCAUUAAGAGAAGCUUUAGAGAAUAUAUAUUCAUCUAACCAGCUGAGUUACUCAGUUAAAACGGUAGAAGAACUUACUGAGGACAAGCAUGCCUCCAAUCUUCAUAUUCCAUAUGAGAGAUCUCAGUUGCCUCUGGACCAGUUAAGUUCAGAAAGUGAUGUCGUUUGUGGGAAUGCAGAUGAUAAACUAUGUGAAAACGGUGGGUUUGUUCAUGCAAAAGCUCAAGCUGAUGUACGAGACUCUUCUGACAUGGAUAUGAUACAAGGUGGUGGAUCAUGUUCAGUGAUAGAAGAGUUUGCACUUGGAGUUAAGGACAACCAGAAGCACAACUUGUCUAUGAAUUCUGAAAAGAAAAUUAUGAGUUUUUCUUGUGAUAAUGCAAACAAACAUGCUGCUCACCUAUCAAAAUCAACACAGAAGGGUAACAUCUAUAGCAAUAAUUCUUGUGGGUGUUCGACUAUUGUGCAAAUGUCGCUGGAUAAGUUUGUCUCGGUUAAUAAGAGAAAACAUGAAUGUAUUGAAACUGCAUUGUCUGAGAUGCCGCUUCUUAGAAAUGGUCCCACGCUGGAUAGAUCUAUAGAUAAUCACUCCCCUAAGCAACCUGCGUCUGCAAUCUCUGCAGAUUAUGUUACUGAGGUUGAUGAUUUCAAUAGAAUCAACAGUAUGAAGAUUCAACCAGCAAAAAGUGGUGACAUCUGUGGUGAAGUGGAUAGGAGUAUCAUGUUACCAUGUGAAGGAAGAAAACAUACUGGAGCCGGGGAUCAUGAAGGUGGAAAUGUUCUUUAUCCUUGUGUAAGGAGAGGGCAAAAUGGAGCUACAGAGAAAAUCAACUUGCAGGAUCAAAAAGUUCAAGAGAGAGCUGUAACUACAGAUCUUGGACGAACUGCUUCAGUUAGCACAAAGUCUCUAGAUUUACCUGAUGAUCAAUCGGAUGCCCCCGUUUCAUCACAACCUUCAGCUAUGGUGACAGAUACUCCCACUGUUUCUUCUGGUUCGAAGGUUGGUUUCACGGCGCAGUUCAGUUUUAAAGAUUUGAUGUCGAGAAAACAGAGGUUGUCAAGAUUCCAACGUAUCAGCCAUAGAUCUGAAAAACUAAAGUUGGAAGGCAGUUGUUUCGCUUCAGCAUCACUGGAACUCUCACAAGUAGUAAACGAGGAGGAGAAAUCAAAUCAAUUAGCUGCUGCCACCAGUGAAUUGGAAAGACUUUUUAAGAAAGAGGACUUUAAACAAAUGAAAGUUAUUGGCCAAUUCAAUCUAGGGUUCAUUAUUGGCAAGUUAGAUGAUGACCUUUUCAUAGUGGAUCAGCAUGCAGCAGAUGAGAAAUACAAUUACGAGCGCCUUUCACAAACGACCAUUCUAAAUCAGCAACCAUUACUUAGGCCAUUGAAAUUGGAGUUAUCUCCUGAAGAGGAGAUAGUGAUCUCUAUGCACAUGGAUAUCUUCAGGAAAAAUGGUUUCAUAUUGGAAGAGGACAUGCAUGCUCCUUCUGGAAGCCGCUAUCUGCUUAAAGCCGUUCCCUUCAGUAAAAAUAUAACUUUUGGGAUUGCAGAUGUCAAGGAGCUGAUUUCUAUCCUGACUGAUAGCCAUGGAGAGUGCUCCAUUAUCGGAAGCUACAAAUCCGACACGGCAGAUUCAGUUUGCCCACCUAAAGUACGCGCAAUGCUCGCAUCACGUGCAUGCAGAUCCUCUGUCAUGAUCGGCGAUUCAUUGGGGAGGAAGGAAAUGCAGAAGAUAUUAGAGCAUCUGGCGCAGCUCAAGUCUCCGUGGAACUGCCCACACGGCAGGCCAACAAUGCGCCAUCUGGUAGACUUACGGAGCCUCCAUCGAAGAACAUUUGCCGACACGGUCGAUUUAUGAGGUACAAUACAACAAUACAUGCUUGAAGAAGCAAUGUUUUAGUAGCAUUGAAGUUAGCUAGUCGAGCUGGUAAAAAGUCGUGUGUUUAUUGUCAAUCCCUGGCCAACAUUAGUCGUGUUUUUUGUCAAUCCCCAGCCAGCUAAUUUUCUUCUAGAAGGAAAUCUGCGGCUGGUCUUUACAAUCAUUUUCUAUAAAGCGACUGCUACCAUAAAUUAAUAGAAAUCGUGUUUUACAUGUUUACGACUUUCAACGUGUACGAAACAACGCAGUGAUGAUUUUUCGAAUACUGUGAGAUCGUACAUAUAAAUAUUACUUUUUCCGUCACCGUCCUAUUUUUUUAAUUUUAAAUGUCAAAUAAUUACUGUCCUUCAUCCAUAUUUAAACACAUAAUUUAUUUUUUUAUUUUUAAUUUACUUUUUUUUAUAUAUACAAAAUAAAGAAUAAAUUUUUUAUUUUAUAACAAAAAUUUUAAUUGUCUAAAAAUAGCGUAUAAAUAUCAAAUAAGAUAUUAAAAAAUGGUCGGAAAAAGUAUUAUAAACACCCAAAUCAACUGCGGUGGAUUGGUAGCAUUUCUGUUUGUACUUUUGUUUUAUUUAAUUUUUUCCAAAAGAAAUAAAUCAUAGCCACUCAUUGGGGUAGGUUUGGACCAUUUAUGAGGAGAAAUGUAAAGGAAAUAAAACAAAACAGUUGGAUUGUCACAACAAAAACACCAAAAUUUUGGGGCAAAGGUCAUUAUCUCCAUUCUCGACGAGAUUAUUUAUUUUAGAAUGUAAAGUUCGUUCUUCCAUAUAUAUAUAUAUAUAUAUAUUCACAGACACACACAUAUUGCAGCUCUUC